CUGAAUUUGGGACAAAUAUGGGAACUAUGGAUGGAGGAGGAAAUAUUGUACAACAACUUGGGGCUGUACAACAAGUUGGGGGAGUACAGCAACAAAAUAUGAGUGGACAUUUCGAUGGUUCUCAUAAUAUAAUGACUGGAGGGGGUGGUGCACCACAACAGGGACAACAACAAAUAGUUAGUGGAGGUUAUCCAAUGCAACAACCCCAAAUGUUUCAUUCUAAUGUUCCUCAACAACCAACACAGCAGCAACAACAAGCUCAUUUAUCUCAACAACAACAAAUUCAAAUAAACAAUCAAAUGGUUGGGCAACAUCACGGAAUAAUUCCUCAACAACAAAUGAGAAAUGUUCAGAAUAAUAACGGACAACAACAAAUAAUACAACAACAUCCAAACCAACAACAACAACAAUAUAUACAACAAAACAUGCAACAACAAAUACCUAACAAUAACCAACAAACAAUGCUGUCUACAUCUCAACAACAACAACAAACUUCUCAACAACAUUUAAUUCAACAACAAAUAAAUAUGCAACAAAUACAAAGACAACAAGUAGUUUUUUCACAACAAUUACAGCAUCAGCAGCAACAUUUAGCUCAACAACACCACCAACAACAACAAAUAAUGCAACAACAACAUAUUCAACAACAACAAAAUAUGCAGUUUCCUCCACAACAACAACAACAAAUGGGAGUAAUAAAUCCACAACAACAACAACAAUUUAUGAUGUCUCAACAACAACAAAGAAUGGGACAACAUCAACAGCAACCACAACAUCCUCACAAUCAACAUAGACCUUAUUAA